AUGAUUGAAUGUGUAAGUGGUGAUUCCAAAUUGGAUACCGCUGUUAAUGGAUGGUUAAAACAAGAUAAGAAUCCACAAACCCGUCAAGAAGUUUUAGAUGAUAUAAAAGAGUCAAGAUGGGACAAAUUAAAAAAAACUAUGUUGCAAAGACAGAAGUUUGGCACAGCGGGCCUACGCGGGCGCAUGGGCGCCGGAUACAUGUGUAUGAACGAUGUAGUUGUUUUACAAACAGCUCAGGGUUUGUGUUCUUACGUUCAAAAAAUAUGUAAUCAAGAACAACUACGCAAUGGCGUUGUGGUGGGCUAUGACGGGCGAUACAAUAGCAAGCGGUUCGCAGAGCUAACAGCUAAGGUUUUCAUCUCAUCGUCUAUACCAGUACAUUUGUUUUCGUCCGUGUGUCCGACACCUUUGGUGUCCUUCGCAACUAUCCUAUAUGGGGCCACCGCAGGAGUGAUGGUCACAGCAUCCCAUAAUCCAAAAGAUGAUAACGGGUAUAAAGUGUAUUGGAGCAACGGUUCUCAAGUCAUAACUCCCCAUGAUGACAACAUAUUGGAUGAAAUCUGGAGUUGUAUGGACAUACCAGACGACCACUGGAAUAUCGACGAAAUUCGAACCCAUGAACUAGUGAUGGACUGUUCAGAGGAAGUUACUACGAAGUAUUUGGAGUAUAUUAAGUCUACCUUAGACGAGAAUGUUCUAGAAGAUAAUAGGAAGGCAAAAAUACGCACAGUGUACAGUGCUAUGCACGGCGUGGGCUACGAAUGUAUCGUGAAAGCUUUUAAAGCUGCUAACUUACAGCCACCCUUGAGUGUGAUUGAACAACAAGACCCAAACCCAGAUUUUCCAACAGUGAAGUUCCCCAAUCCGGAGGAAAAGGAAUGUUUAGAUCUCAGUAGAAAAUUGGCAGAACAAAAUGGCGUCAAAUUAGUUUUAGUGAACGACCCGGAUGCUGAUAGGCUAGCCGUGGCUGAAUAUGAUGAUGAAUCAAAGUCUUGGAAAGUGUUCACCGGUAACGAGAUGGGCUCGCUACUGGGGUGGUGGGUGCUGCAGCAGUACUGUGCCCACAACGUUCCAGAUGAGGAUGAAGUGUAUCUUCUAACUAGCUUCGUCAGUUCCAAGAUGUUGAAAGCCAUUGCGAAAGGAAAGGGACAGUUGGUCGAGACGUUGACAGGGUUUAAAUGGAUGGGUAACACAACUCUGUUACUGCUGCAGCAAGGCAAGCACCCCCUGUUCGCGUUCGAGGAGGCCAUCGGCUACAUGUGCCACCACCGGGUGCCCGACAAGGACGGCAUAUCUGCUGCUGUGCAAGUAGCAUGCUUAGCAUCUAACCUGUACUCCAAGGGUUCGUCCCUGCUCGCCCAGCUGCGAGCGCUGUAUGCACAGUAUGGGUAUCACGCCUCAUACAAUUCGUACUACACGUUCGAGGACGCGGGGAUUGUGCCCAAGAUAUUCAGCAGGAUCAGGAACUUCCAUGGGCCUGGCUUGUAUCCAAAGAAAGUUGGUUCUACUGAAGUAAAUUUCAUAAACGACUUCACCGCCGGCAUCCGCAUACCGGAGGACUGUAGCAACCAACAUCUCAAACCUCCCCUCACAACUACAACCAACUCUGUCCCCCCAACAGAGGUGCUGGGCACGGGGCUCGACCAGGACUACAGGAGCGGCGAGAUGGUCGCGUUCGAGUGCUCGAGCGCGGUGGGUCACGUGACGGUGAGCGUGCGCACGAGCGGCACCGAACCCAAACUCAAAUACUACACCGAGCUGGCCUGCGAGGCGCCCACUGUGGCUGAACAAGAAGCAAAGAUAAUAGAACUAGAGAAAAUGAGAGGUCAUAAGUUCGAGUCUCGCGAGCAUCAAAUAUAUGAACCAUAUCAAAGAUCAGAAUCUAUUAGCGUAGUGAUUUGU